AUGCGUCUAGCAGCCAACUUCUCUGGUACCCUGAUCAACACCAAUCAUGACAAUAUGAUCUCACAUAGCUACCUGUCAGCCCUGCAUAACUCCGAUUUAUCUUUCGGGUUGACGCCCAAGUCUCAUUCUGGACAAAUCUCGAUUGAAACGACAAUAGGCGACAUGUCACUGGCAAGAUAUUUUUACUGGCAUUUUGUUGCCAUCAGCUUGUUGGUGGCAACAGCUGCAUGCGACAUUUCCAGCAAUUCUUUCCGCGAAAGGUGUUUGGCUCUCAAGCCCGCGAGACUCGUACACAACUCGACUCUGACGCGCCAAGAAUUUGUCUCGGCUGGUACGACAUUGGAUUUAUCCGAUAACGUCCCAUCAUGCAACCGUCGGUCACAGCUUGUCACAGUCGACCUUUGCCGCAUCGCUCUCCAGAUCCCUACCUCCAAGCGAUCUAGCAUCAGUUUCGAAUUGUGGUUACCACAAAAAUGGGAGGGAAGCCGAUAUCUGGCAACUGGCAAUGGGGGUGUUGAUGGAUGUAUCAAGUAUGAAGAUCUUGGAUAUGGUACAUCGAAUGGCACAUCAACUGACUGCCGAAGCCUUCACACGGGCACUGAAUCGGCCAAGAAGAUCAUCAAGUCCUUCUAUGGUAAGAAGUCUGCGAAAAACUACUACAUUGGCUGUUCCCUGGGUGGUCGCAUGGGAGUCAAAGCCGCAGAAGCAUACCCCGAGGACUAUGAUGGCAUCGUGGCUGGAGCCCCGGCCGUUGACUUUAACAAUCUUCAAGGGCAGAGAGCCAUGUUUUAUCCCAUCACAGGCAACUCAACGUCGGCCAACUACAUUCCUCUCACCACCUGGACUGGCCUUAUCCAUGAUGAAGUCCUGGCACAAUGCGACAAGAUUGACGGUGUCAAGGACGGCAUCAUCGAAGUUCCGGACAAGUGCUUCUUUAACCCCAAGAAGCUACUCUGCAAAGGCUCUCAGACCAGCAAAUGCCUCAACUCGGCCCAGGUAAAGCAACUGGAAAAGAUCUACGCUCCCUAUACCUAUCCCAACGGCAAGCUUAUCUUCCCCCGUAUGAACCCUGGCAACGAGCUUCAGGCAGUUUCAAAGCUCCUCGCAGGCAAGCCCUUUGACUACUCGGUGGAUUGGUUCCGCUACGUCGUGUACAACGACCCAGAGUGGGAUGCCAGUACAUACAGCGUUGACGAUGUUCGAAAUGCCGAGAAGCUAAACCCUUCUGACAUCCGCACCUAUCCAAAGUCACUUCCGGCUUUCAAGAAGCGCGGUGGGAAGCUGCUCAGCUACCACGGAGGCCAGGACAACCAGAUCACGCAGUUCAACACACAUCGCUUCUGGAAUCGCAUGGCAUCCGCGGACCGCAGUCUACACGACUACUACCGUUACUUUCCCAUUUCAGGCAUGUUCCACUGCAGUACAGGCCCUGGUGCCUGGGCUAUAGGACAAGGGGGUGGUGCUCCUUCUGCGGGAGUGCCGUUUGAUCCCGAGCAUAAUGUGCUGGCGGCCAUUGUGGCAUGGGUCGAGAAGGGGAAUGCACCUCAAAGUCUGACGGGCACCAAGUUUAUCAAUGACACCUACACUGACGGCGUCGACUUUCGUCGCAAGCAUUGUUUGUAUCCCAAGACACAGACAUACAUUGGUGGGGAUCCCAAAAAGGUUACCAGUUGGCGAUGCAAAUAA